GUUGCGCACUCCCGAGACACCAGGAAAUAUGGCGUCGCUCAUGACUCUCAGUCAGUUAUCGAGCGGUAACCCAGCCUAUGAGAACUAUUACAGACAGCUGGAUCCAGGAAACACAGGCAACAUAUCAGCUGGAGAUGCAGCACAGUUCCUUAAAAAGUCAGGGCUGUCAGACAGCACAUUGGGGAAGAUUUGGGAUUUGGCAGAUUCAGAAAGAAAAGGGUAUUUGGAUCGACGGGGUUUCUUCAUUGCAGUUAGACUUGUGGCCUCAGCGCAGGGUGGAAAUGAUAUCAGCCUUCACAAUCUCAACCAGCAUUUAGCUGCACCCAAAUUUAAAGAUACUAACAGCCCAUUAUUAAGUGUUUCAACGACAGGACCUGAUUUACAAUGGGCAAUUAGGCUGGAGGAAAAAGGGAAGUUUGAGGGCAUCUUUGAGAGUCUGUGCCCUGUUAAUGGUCUCCUCUCGGGUGAUAAAGUCAGGCCAGUUUUAAUAAACUCCAAGCUACCUCUGGAUGCGUUAGGAAAGAUUUGGGACCUAAGUGAUGUGGACGAAGAUGGACUGUUGGACAAAGAUGAAUUCACAGUGGCAAUGCAUCUCGUGUAUCGUGCCAUGGAAAAGGAGCCUGUCCCAACUAUAUUACCCACUUCCCUCAUCCCGCCUUCUAAAAGGAAGAAGUCUGCAGGCUCGAUGCCUGGUGCUGUGGCUGUGCUGCCUGCGCUGUCGGGGUUCUUGUCUGGCUCGGUUCCUCUCAAAGAGUCCCUGCAAAGCACUCCUCCUCUUGGCAACGCUACUCCCUUCAGUACCAGUACUGUCAACCUCUCUCCAAAACACUCCUUUAAAUCCAGCUCACCGCCGGCGGUGAGCUGGGUGGUACAGGUUGCUGACAGGGAGCGAUAUGAUGAGAUCUUCCAGAAAGCAGACAGCGACAGUGACGGCCUCGUUAAUGGAACUGAGGUUAUAGAGAUUUUCAUGCAGUCCAGUCUCUCCCAGACUAUGCUGGCACAGAUUUGGGGCCUCGCUGACACUAAACAGGUGGGCAAGCUGACCCGUGAGCAGUUCUCUUUGGCCAUGUACCUGAUCCAGCAGAAGGUCACUAAAGAUGUAGACCCUCCUUCCACUCUAACCCCAGAGAUGAUUCCCCCAUCAGAAAGGACUGCAGCUUCAGCAGUGGGCCCUGACAGCACCAGCUCCACGGGAUCGGCCGAGCUGUCAGGCAUCAAAGAGCUGGAUGACCUCAGCCAGGAAAUAGCUCAGCUGCAGAGAGAUAAAUUCAUUCUGGAGCAAGAGAUCAGACAAAAGGAGGAAACCAUCAGACAACAAAAUAGUGACGUUCUGGACAUGCAGAAUGGGUUGGACAGAGAGAGCAGCAGCCUGCAGGACCUUGAUUCGCAGAAGCAGGAUGCCCAGGAGCGUCUGGAGGAGAUGGACCAGCAGCGCUCCAAGCUGGAGGGAAUGCUCAAUGACGUCAAGCAGAAGUGCCAAGAAGAGUCUCACAUGAUUUCCUCCCUGCAGAGCCAGAUCCGCUCUCAGGAGAACGACCACCAGAGCCAGGAGGAAGAAAUGAGCCGCACCAAAACGGACCUGGGCCGGCUGCAGGAUGAGGAGGCCCUUCUGGAGCAGAGUCUGCUCUCUGGUCGGGUCCAGCUGGACAGCAUCACCAAGUCGCUCAAAACCACUCAAGAAGAGAUCAACCAGGCUCGCAGUAAGCUGUCGCUGAUCCAGGACAGCCAAAGGGAGGUGACCAAGACCAUCGAGCAGUACAACAGCGCGUUGAGCGACAUCAACGGGGGAAACUUCAGCAACCUGCCGGACUUAAGUGAAGGGUUUGCUGAGAAGGUGAACGGAGGUUUCAGAAGUACGGAUGACUCUUUCAAGUCAAGGUUAGCCAUGUUCAACAAAAGCACUACUAAGGAGCCUCCAGCAGACCCCUUCCAGACAGAUGACCCCUUCAAGGCCGACCCUUUCCAAGAUCCAUUUGGAGAAGAUCCUUUCAGAGAAAGUGACCCUUUCAAAGGUGCCUCAUCUGAAGAUUUCUUUAAGAAAACUGACAAGUCGAACCUGUUUGGAUCCUCGGAGGCCUUCGGUAGAAAACCCACACCACCGGCCAAGCCAAGUGCUCUGGGCAGUGCGGACCAUUUCACUUCACGCAGCCCAAAACCAGAUGGGUUCGGGACAGCGGACCCCUUCGGCAGCAACUCUUUUGGUAGCAAGGGGAGUGGAUUUGCUGACUUUAGUCAGAUGUCUAAGAAGUCGGACAACCCUGUCCUCCCGUCAAAGAAAAGUGUGCCGAACCGGCCUGCACCUCCCUAUGGUUCUGAAUGUGUCAAGUUUGGAAGUGAGAACCAGCAGCUGGAGUGGGUCAAACGGGAGAGCGAGCGCGAGGAGCCGGGGAGGCUGCGGAGGCUGCGGCACCAGGAAACGCAAGACCUGGAGCUGGCCAUCGCGCUCAGCAGGGCCGACAUGCCCAGCGCCUGACCGGCUGUGCCCAGCCACAUAGUUUUUGACCCCUUCCUUCUGCCUUACAGUCCUCCGUCCGCAGGCUCAUGACAACUGCACCAACACUGGCCCGUCAUGACUUGCAGCCCGCGUUACCAAUUUGUGUAGGAGGCCAGUGUUUCUCCAGGUAUUGGCUGGACUUGAGCCAAAGGACUCUACAUUUAGCAACCCGUUACGGUUCAUUGCUCCCCAACUACAUGGCAACUGUAAUCAAGGACUUUACGUUGCCUCUUGAUUCAAACCCGGUUCUUCCUUCAAGAACAUAUCGACUUAACGCAACCCAAACCAGCUGAUCCACUACAACUUGCAUCUAGCUCCAUGUCUUGUUCUCGCUAAUCACCCUGCCUUAUCCAAAAGCGUUUCUGUUGCAAGAGAAAAUAACAUUUUAAAGAAUAUUUUACUGUUUUUUUAUUUAUAUACAAAAGCAAUGAAUCUUUGGUAUGAAGUCCUCGUAAAAUGCACUGCACGAACAGUUUUUUUGCUUCGAACUUAUUGAACCUAGAAAACGAACUGAAAGUUAAACCAGAUGUGUUAUCUUCCCUGGUGGCUUAUGAUUGGUUUGUCCAAUUUCAGAUGUUUUUUUAUUUAUUUUUUAAAGAAACUUAAUCUACUGUAAAUAUUUUUGGAUGGUUUUAUGUACAAUCCCUAGAAAAGGCCAUAUUUAAAAACAAGCCUGUCUGAAAGUACUGGAGCUUUGUGAGGUGAUCACCUAUAACAUGCUUUAGGUUUUUCUUUAGUUUCUUUGUUGGGUGUUUCUUGCCAUUUAUGCCUGCAUGUGGAAUAUACAUGGCCUUAAAGUAUAAGGAUGGAAGAUUUUUUUUUUUUAAAUAAUCAAACCCUUAACUGGCAUCUACAUGUCAAAGUAGACAUAUGAUGUUUAGGAAUCCCUAACAAGCAUUUAGGCCUAACAUAGCUUUGGUUAAAUAUAGUUUAGCCCCAUAUCAUCGGUUGCCUCUAGCAUUCACAAUUACGACGCUAGUGAUAAUCAUUGAGGUCUUCCUUCCUUGUGAACGAAUCCACCUGAUGUCAACAGCCUGGGCUUCUCAGGAUUGUCAUUGGUUGCGUUGUUAUGCGCAAACAACUUGCUCUCCUAUACAACUAAGAGCCUCUAUGAAAUGGAAGUAGUCUACAUUAUUUUUACGGGUGCUGUUACCUUUAGUUGUAUUCUUCCGCCAGUGUCUCACUACCACUGAUGCACAAGGUCAUCUGCUUCCACUGUUUUGCUUUUCUCUCAACACUCAAAUCAACCAUUGGAUAUUUUUCUUUCAUUUUAUUGUCUGAUGCUCCAGUUGGAGGACAUAUGUUUAAAUGACUUACAAAUAAUGCAUCCUUGUAAUAUAUGACACUAAUCAGGUUUCUUCGGCACAUAAUGUAUGCACUGUAUAUUCCAAACCUUACUGGACAUGUACAGAGUAAAGGUGCUUUAUUUAUCAACAUUGUUAUGUUAAACAGUAUGUGAUUCUAAAAAAAUCACUGUAAUGACUUUGAAUUGAAUAAAAGUGAUUUUUAACAUUC